AUGGGCAAACUCACAGUGAGCUCUUCGUCGCCUGUAUCUGAACCCCAAGUACCUCGACUGACCCUCAAUGUUCCCUCCCCUGUCCCCCCCCCCCCCCCUACGACCCCCACCUCGCUCGUUUCCUCGGGUCACUCGCGUGUGCCCCCACACCACCACCACCAUCACCAACCGCCGAUCGCGCACCGCCAACUACAGUUCAAAGGCGAACCCAAAAAGAAGAAGCACAAGUCGCGCUCCACCUCCUCGCGCCACGAUUCCAACCCGACCUCGACCCACGAUGACGCCUACACGGACCAAGAUCUAAGCGCAUGGAUCGCCGUCCCCGAACCUGGACUUGCCCUCGGACCGCUCUACCUCACCCUUCCUCGCUCGUCCAUCACUUCCUCCCCCGUGUGUUUGGCACUUCAGCCUACGACGGGCAAGGUCCAUCCUUUUGCGUUGCCUGAGCCGGGGAAGAGUGGGGGAACGAGUGCGGAGGAUUCGAAAGCGAGGACUUCGUUGGCCGCCACCUUGGACCAAGAGGAACUCGAAGCUUUGGUCGAUUAUGACCCUUCCUCCAACCACAACUCCCUCGCCCCAUCCCUCACCACCGAAGCCCAAACUCCUACCGACAUCCACCACGUGUGGGUCUGUACGCGCAUCCCCGACUCGCAGGACAAGAUCACCCUCCGUUCAGCGACGGGCAAGUUCCUCGCUGCCGAUCAGUUCGGUCAAGUCACCGCCGAAAGGGAAGCGAGGGGCAUGUUGGAGGAAUGGGUCAUUGAACCGAGCUCGAACCCGGAUCUACCCCGAGGGACCGUGGUGCUCAAAUCAUGUCAUGGCAAGCUCUUGUCGAUCGAUUUGGUAGCGGGGGGCAAAAUUGAAGUUUCAGCCGAUACGGAUCCGAACGCAGGGAUCGGUCCAACCGAGGAAUGGCAGGUGUGGAUGCAGGGCGAGUACUUGGCCAAGGCGAAGCAGCAACUGUUGGAGAGGACGGGUACCAAGGCGACGUUGCUUGAUGCGAGGGCUAAAUCGGCGGCGGGGAAGCGGGAUGGGUUGACGAUUGUCGGCAAUUUGGGUGGGGCCGAACAGGAGGCCAUGUGCGUCGCUUUCGGCCUUGAUCAAUCCCGGAGACUGAUUCCGAUCCCACAAUCACAUACAGCAAACGCUUCCAAGCCCGAGGGCAAGGGCGGUACAUUGGGUCAGAAGAGGACGUCUCGGAACUGGCUAAAGCAAGGCGGAAGGGCAAGCUGUCCGAAGCGAUGCUCGAUCGAAGGGUCAAGCUCAAGAGGUUAGUUCAGGAGAUCGGGUCUUCGCGGGUUUGUUUCAUUUGCUGACAUUCCGUACUGUGUGGGCUUGACAUUCACAGUGA